AUGCUUUUCUCAAUCCACCAGAAGGCCGCGUCUGCCUUAGGACUCGCCAUGGCUGUUUCCUCUGCGCCGGCGAAUGAGCGAACCAAGAUCAACCUCUUCGAGCGCGGUGUUGGCCUUGGAUGGCUCUGCCACUUCGACGGCGUUGCUGCUCCCACCGUUGACGCUUCUUUGAAUCUUCCUCUCAUGCUUGGAGGAUUGUGUGCGAAGGUCAACUACGACUAUGACGGCUGUAAUAGCUUCAAGCCGCUUGGUAAAGCCCCAGGUGGCCACGGUGAUCCCGUCAAGGCCCAAUCAAUCGACCAGGAUGACGACGACAAGAACACCAAGGACCAUGUCAAGCCCAAGCACAACAAAGGAGACGACUCCGGCUCAGUUGGUGCUCAAUCGUUCAACGACGCCGGCGGCAAUGACUCGGACGAGUCAUCCCCCGACGGUAAGGCCAGCUCGCCCAGCUCGCACCACAAGAAGCCCAAAAGCCACGAUGAAGACGAUGAUGGACUCACCAGCGCUCAAUCCUACAACGAUGCCGGAGACAGCGGCAAACCCAAGAAAGAUCACCCUUCUUCCGUCGGUGCCCUCGGAGCCGCAGACGGUGAUGAUGACCGUUGCAACCGCAAUGAGCACUACAGCUCGCAGCUAAAGAAAUGUGUCAACAAGAGCUUUUUCUCCAAGGCCAACGAGGACUCCACUUGCAAGAAUGGCAAACUCGAUGCACUCCUCAAACUCUGCCUCGACGUCUCCAUCUUAGGUCUCACCAAACCUCUCCACGCUGAGGCUACCGUUUUACCUUUCGGCCCUGGUCGUCAAGGCAAGGACGGCUGCCCGGUUGGACAACAGCUCUCUUCGCUCCUCAACGUCUGCGUUGACCAGAAGUUCUUCUCGGGCCCUUUGGCCAACAACCAAUGCCAACCGGGAUGGAAGCUUGACCUCGUCCUUGGCAUCUGCUUAGACUUAGUGGGUUGUAAAAACCAGGGCUUAACUAACUGA